AGUAGGUGAGUGUCUUUGGCUUUCUCUUAACAGGAAUUUUGAAAAGGAGGCCUGCCAAGAUGCCGGAGGGUGGUGACGCCGGAAGGGUCCUGACCAUCGAGGAUCUCAUCGCAGCCCUAGAUCGAUACGAGAGGACCCCGAGUAACGUUCCGAAGGUUGAGACCUUCCUUUUCGAUGGGGAGAGGGUCUUGGAUUGGCUAGAUUUGGUGGAGCAGGCAAUGGUGGGACUGUCAGAUGAGGUCAAAUUUCAACGCGUUAUGAGGUAUGUGCUCCAUAGGCACCACCAGGAAGUGGAGAAGGUUGUGGACGCUGCCCAUGGCAGCUGGGCAAGAUUCAAGGAGAACAUGCUGCGCAAGUAUCGGUUGGGUGAUGGGUUGCUUACCAUCCAAGAUCUUGAGGGGAUGAACAAGGAUGACUUUACCACGAUAGGGGCCUUCGUACAAGAGUUUAAGAAGAAGGCGAGGAAAGUUCACGGGAUCUCUGAGGAAAGGCAGUGCGCUAUCUUUCUGGGGCUGCUCACUGUGUCAGAGGCAGCCGAACUGAUGAGCCAUGGAGCAGGCAGCGCAAAGCUUACCUGGGCCACCAUCGACAGAGGAGUGGAGGAUGGGAGUUUGGACCAGGUAGAGAAGCAUCAGAUGCGCCUGCAAAGGAGGAAAAGAAAGGAAAGGGAUGCUACUGCAUCAGGGACCCCGGGGGUGAAGAGGAUUAUCACUGAUGUACUUGCGGCAUUAGGCUAUGGCCAAGAUACCGAGGCGCAGAGAAAGGCGGUAGCCGUGGUCCAAGGCCGAGGGAAAGAGGUGGGGGAUGAAGGCGCCAGGCAAGAGGAUUACGGUGGGGAGGAGACGGGGCUAGUGUGGCAGGAGGAGGAGGCCAAGGGCAAGGAGGACAGGGCAAUGGUGGUCGGGGACAAGGAGGCCGAGGGGGUGGCGGACGAGGCCGAAAUGGAGGAGGACGUGGCGGCAGAUGGAACAACCAAGGGGGCCAGGGCCAAGGAGACCAAGGUCCAGGAGGAAGAGGAAGAGGAUGACGACACGGAGGAUGAGAGACUCCGUCAGGAGGAGGAUCGGCGGGAGGAGCAGAGAGCGCAGAAAAAAGAGGCGCAUGAGAGAGCCGAGCCAGGUCUACAGGAUGGUGUGCCCAGGAAAAGAAAGUACACUGUCAGGUUGGAGGAGGACUUUGACGUAGAAAGGAUGGUGGACCGGCUCCUUGAAGGUCAUAACGACCUUAUGAACUUAAAGGAUAUUCUGGCAUCCGCACCAAGACUCCGGGAAGAGUUGAAAGGGCGAUUGUCUCGAAGGCUGGUGCCCAACGUGCAUUUGAGCGUCAUCCUGCCCAGGGAAUUGGGAUGGACACAAGCUGGGACGAGGAUGGACUGGAAGUGCGCGCCAUGCAGACUGGUGGACUUGGUAAUAAAAGAGAAAAAGUGCGUGGCGAUAAUGGAUACGGGCGCUGAAAUGAAUAUCAUUAGGAAAAGAGAUGCGCUCAUGCUCGGGAUGGAGAUCGACCGUGCAGAUCAUGGUGUGCUGCACGGGGCUAAUUGCAAAGCAAUUUUUUGUGGCACAGCGUUGAAUGUGAUCAUAGAAAUUGGCAAGGUGCUAGCAAGGACGAGCUUUUUCGUCAUGCCAGAUGUAGACCAUCCUAUCCUUCUGGGCAAAUCGUUCAUGUGCAGGACGGAGACCCUAAUCUUCAACAAGCACGACGAAAUGAUGAUAUUGCUCCUGAGUGAUCCAGACUGUGGGAACUACGAAGUUGUCACCUGCCGGAACACGGGGCCAGGGAGCGAACGGAAUAGGUCUAACCCCGGCUCAUUCACCUAUGUGGAAUCGGAAAACGAGCGGCGGAGGCUCGCGGAGGAGUCCGAGGAGGAAGGUGGGGCAGAGGUGCUGUCACUAAGCCUUACAGACGUAAGCAAGGCUAUGGAGAUUGUGGCGGCACAUGAGAUGGCGGAUCCGGAGGCCAUCAAGGCCUUGCGAGAGCAUGUUUUGGAAUGCCCGCAGGCAGGAGAGGUGGAGCUUAUCUAUCGGCUUCCCGGAGGAAGAAAGGGGGGACGGCUCAAGCAGGGCGCCCAAAGGCAGUACAAAACGGUAGAUAAGAAGUGUCGCCCUGUUCCCGUGCUCGUUACGGAAGAUGAAAAGGCCUAUUACGAGCGGGAGCGAGGAUUGAUACGGUGGAUGCAAGAGCAGGCGUUGAGGGAUCCAUGCCGUAUCAAUGAUGGAAAUGAAGGAGAGUUAAUAGUCGGGGAGCCAGGUUUUCUCUCGCCUCAGGAAAGGAUGCUGAUGUUGCAGCUGAUGAAGAAAAGGCAUCGCGCAUACGCCUUUAAUGACGACCAACGUGGGAGGCUGGAUGUGGACAAGAUCUUGAUGAUCCGGAUCCACACAGUUCCCCACAAGCCCUGGAACUUGAGGGGUGCGCGAUACCCAAACCCUGAUGAGGAAAAGAUGGUGGUGGAUUCUCUGGAUGGCAAGAUGCGCACGCAUAUUGCCGGCUACUCUAGUGGUCCGUAUGCUUCCCCUUGGUUCUGCUUUAUUAAGCCAAACGGGACGCUACGGUGGGUACAGGAUUUGCAGCGGCUGAACGCAGUAACGGUGCGAGAUGCGAGAGGCUUGCCGAACGCAGAUGCACUGUCAGAGUCAUGCGCAGGGAGGCCUAUAAUUUCACUUAUAGACCUUUACUCCGGGUAUGAUCAAUUUCCUGUAUACCCACCCGAUAGGCCGGUGACGGCGAUGCACACUUCAACGGGGCUAAUCCACAUGAAUGUGGUUCCUCAGGGUUGGACAAAUGCAGUGGCGAUGGUGCAGAGACAUAUGAUCAGGGUCAUGCAAACAGUCAGCCCGCACAUCACCCAGCCCUACAUCAACGACUUGGCGGUUAAAGGGCCAAAAGAAAGAGAGGAGGACGAGGUGCAGCCCGGAGUGAGACGCUUUGUUUGGAGGCAUAUCCUGGAUCUUGAUCUAGUCUUGGGUCUGCUAGAGGAGCACAACCUCACUGCAAGCGGGCCAAAAUCCAAGCACUGUAUGAGAGAAGCCACCAUCCUAGGGUUUGUCUGCAACGAGAAGGGUCGGAAGCCAGAUGUGAAGAAGACAGACAAAAUCUUAGGAUGCUUGGUGGAAGAGGUAAGGACAAUAGAGGAAGGGCCUCUUCAGGUAGAGGAGCAUGAGCAGUUAAUGGGAGGGAUGUAUCUGCUCAUUAAUACACUCCUGCAAGGGGAUUUCGACCGGAGAGGCGCGUUUAGUCAUGAGGAGGAUGAAAUCCUGAUUUUAGAAAGUCAGGAUGACGAGUUCGAAGAAGGGGAGAUUAAGGAGGCAUUCCGGGCAGAGGAAUACGGCGGGAUCUAUCUCGAGCUGGGCCUACUUCUAUCCUGUGAGAUGAGGGACAGGGAUGCUAGCGACAAGGCGCAGAAGUUGAGGCACCUCUACGUGGUAAGAGAUGGACAUUUGUUCAUAAAGCGGCAAGUUGGGAAUCCCAAGCGGAUUGUGUGCGGGAGGAACCGACAAUUAGACAUCAUAGCGGCAUUACAUGAUGGUAUAGCAGGUGGGCACAGAGGGGUGGAGUUCCACCAAGUUACAGAGGAUGACCUACUGAGGCCCUCACCACAGGCACCAGAGCAGAGGGAGAGCGAGGUACCAGCAGCGCCUUUCAGGAGUCUGGAGGCCCACUUAGACACGUCCCAGUGGGAGGCCCCUUCAACAGGAGAGAGCCCUACGGACCCAUCAGGAGGGGAGCAGACUCGCCUAGAGCCUGAGGCGGAGCCACUCGGAUUGAAGGGGGUAGGUGUAGAAGAUGUCAUUGUGGUGGAAGGUAACACUCCCCCUGACUCCCCAGCUCGAGCUCAGACACGGCGGUCCUGGCCAGAGGGCGUCGCGGAGCCAGACAGCCAGGAGGCCCCAGUACCACCAGAGGCCACUAUGUCACCCAGGCAGGAGGUUGAGGCGAGAGGGUCAGUGGAGGGGUGGAGGACGGAGCCUCGCCUGAUUGUCGACUCACGCUUAGCCGCGCACGCAGCCGAGCACCCUGACAUUGAGGAGCCCAGCCUGGUAGGGCCAUCAUCGGGCCCAGCAGGUACUGAGUUAGGAGAGGGUUUGCAGACUGCGACUCGAGAGGUCACGGAGGCAGGCACAGGAAAGGAGCCAGAUGGAGCCGCCCGGGUACGAGCUCACCUUGAGGAGAUACAUGAGCGCAGGGACAAGAUGGAGGAUGCAGGGAUAGCGCCAAGGCCACCAGUCACCCCAAAGACAAGUGAAGAGAGGAUUGACGAGUUAUGGGCCAGGUAUGAGGGACGGAGAGAGGCAGCUCGCCAGAGGGCACGAGAGGCGGGCCAGGCGGUUGAGGGUGCCGACGAGGCAAUAGAGGUUGGGGAAUUGGGGUUUUCUGCUGCCAGGGAGGCCAUCAAAUGGGUAGACAAAGGGAUAAAGCAGACAUUCAUUGAGGCCUUUCACAGGUACUCCCUGCUUAGUGACGAGUUGGCUCUCAGGAAAGAUGAGGUGGAACAGCUAACUGCCCAACUCGCAGAGGAGAAAGCCGAGAACAAGGCCAGGCAAGCUCGCCUGGAGGCGAAGGAGGCUGAGUGGGAGGCAAAGCUCAAGGAAAUGGCGGCCGCAGUGGAAAGCUUACCGCCACCAAAGGAGGUGCAAGGGCUUUUUGGCCAAGAGGGGGCAGCAGAGGCAUCUCGGAAAGAGAAGUUGGGGAAGGUAUUUCUGGACCCAGUAGAGCCAGAGGACAGAAAGGAAGCCAACAAGGAGAGUUUUGAAUUUAGGGCUCCCACUGAGCUGGCUUCACAGCAGGAAGCCGCUACUUCGGCAGACGCUCCUAUGGAGGUGCUGACCCAAGAACCCCAACCUACAUCAGUAGGAGAAGGGGAGGCAGAGGAGUCAUUAGCAAUCCUUCUGAACGUACAGGAGGGGACACUCACCGGAGCGGUAGGGUCUCCACAGCCGGAGGCACAAGGGGAGGAACCAUCACGCUUGGACGAGUUGGUUGCUGCCAUGGAAGUGGAUAUGCCGCCAGAGAGGCCUCAGGAGCUGGAGGCCCCAGAGCACGAGCCAAAGUUGGAAGAGUUGAGGAUACAGCUGGGCUCGUGGGCCACUGGGACCGAUUCGGGAGGUCCGACUACUGAGCAGCGGCAGCAGGAGGCCACGAGCCAGCCUACUAGAGCCACUACUCCCAGGCUCCGGGGCCCAGAGAGGGGGAGGAGGAAGCCAUAUUGGAGGUAACCCGCGAGGGCCGGCCACUGAGAUUGGAUACCCCUGAG